CCAAUCAACCAAGUAGAGAAGACUUCUCUAUGACAGAGUUCCAUCCACAAAGCCAGACUUCCUCAGCCAGACCAAUCUUCGGAAGGCUGUUCUCAGGGCAAAACUAAACCCCGUGAGAGCCCCCAGGUGUUUCACUUCAUUUCCUGUUGCCCCUCUUUCCACACCCAGAGCACUGGAGAAAUAUGGAAGGGGCAAACCUGAGCCAAGGGACUGAAUUUGAGCUCUUGGGCCUCACCAGCGAGCCUCAGCUGCAGAUACUGCUUUUUGUGGUGUUCUUGGGCAUGUACGCCAUCAUCCUGUUGGGAAAUCUGAUCAUGUUCCUUCUGAUCCACGUGAGUGUCACUCUGCACACACCCAUGUACACCCUCCUGAAGAGCCUCUCCUUCUUGGAUUUCUGCUACUCCUCCACGGUUGUCCCCCAGACACUGGUGAACUUAUUAGCCAAGAGGAAGGUAAUCUCUUAUCUUGGCUGCAUGGCCCAGAUGUUCUUCUAUGCAGGUUUUGCCACUAGUGAGUGCUAUCUCAUUGCUGCCAUGGCCUAUGACCGCUAUGCUGCUAUCUGUAACCCCCUGCUCUAUGCUGUGACCAUGUCUCCUAAGGUCUGUCUCUCUCUGAUUGUGGUGUCCUACUGUGUAGGAUUCCUCAAUUCCCUUAUCCACACAAGCUGUAUCUUCAGUCUGAAAUUCUGUGGUGCUCACGUAGUCACUCACUUCUUCUGUGAUGGACCGCCUAUCUUGUCUCUGUCUUGUGUGGACACCUCACUGUGUGAGAUCCUACUCUUCAUUUUUGCUGGUUUCAACCUUUCAAGCUGCACCCUCAUCAUCUUGAUCUCCUAUCUCUUAAUUCUCGUCACCAUACUGAGGAUGAACUCAGCCCAGGGCCGGUUCAAGGCCUUUUCCACCUGUGCUUCCCACCUCACUGUCGUGUGCCUCUUCUAUGGCACAACACUGUUUACAUACCUGCGGCCCAGGUCCAGCUACUCCCUGGCUCAAGACCGCAGGGUUGCUGUGAUCUACACGGUGGCGAUCCCAGUGCUGAACCCCCUUAUCUACUCUUUGAGAAACAAGGAUGUGAAGGAAGCUUUAAGAAAGAUUUGGGGCAGGAGAAUAAUGGAAUGAUCUUCUCAACUCAGUACCACAUAUCUUAGGAAGCCAAGGGAAAUUUACCUUCUGUGGCGCUAACU